AUGCCUGAUAUUGAUAUGCUCAAUGUUAAGAGUUACUUGCUCCGUGAUAGGAAAGGCCUCGGCGUUUGGUUUCGCCGUCUUCGCCCGAAAGUUGGAUCUUUCUUUUACCAAAGUGCGGGGGAUCCUCUCCUCCGCACACAAAUACGGAUCACGAAGCCAAGCCAACAACCCACAACGAUAAAACGAAUAGGAAAAAGUUUUUGUAUUGCUGUCUCGAGAAAAUCAUACGCUAUGCUCGAUAACUAUCCUAACACGGCCGAACGCCGCUUAGAGCCAAGAUACAAGCCUUGCCAAAUUCUCACUGACCAGCAAAUCCCGUAUGUCAUCUGGUUUGAAGAUGCUUUGCAUCAUCACGGUGUCCCUGUGGUUGUCUUUGACUUGUAUCUCUUGGUUCCAGACAUUGAUAUUGCAGCCGAAUGUCUUGUCGAAGCUGGAUGGACUGUCGAUACGCAGGGGCCCUAUAAAAUUGGAAACGCAGAGGUUGAACUACCCCAGCGCGGUCUCUUACAUCCGAACAGUGACAUGAAAACGGUCUUGCUUCCAGCGGAAGAGUGGAGGUUUCCCUUGACUGCUGCUGACGCUCCUCUUGAGACCUCGACGGAUUGGCCAUACCAGCAACUGUCGUUUCCAACACUACCUGGUUUUCUCGACGCUCUCCUCGACAGCUGGUUAGACUAUCCCGAUGAGGAUUCCAAUCUAACAUCACAUCUGGCCUGUCAAGUUCUAUACCUUUAUGGAUAUGUUCAACCGCUAAUGGAGCCGUCCUUUUCGGACCAGUUGAAGUAUGAACAUCGUCAGUAUCACUUUGAUACACUCGCCGGAAUGACAAUGGGUACCCUACCGGCUCGAAGGCACCAACGGGCAAUUCGGGAUGCAUUAUUACCGGGCCAAUAUCAAUUGUGCGAGUGCUCGACGCCUCGUGAUAACACAUUGCUCUUCUCCUCGAAACUGAAUAAACCGAAUGCUCUAUUUCGAUCAAACUAG